GAUUUGAUGGAAUAUUUGGCUAAGUUUGAUGGAUGCAAGGAAAAAUUUCAACAUAUUCGAGUUGUAUUUACCGGCCGUGAGGGGGUCGGUAAAGACAACUUUAUGUCGCCGUCUUCAGGAUAAAGAUAUCGACCUUGCGUUGCGGAUGCCAACUCUUGGAGCCGACUUACACCAAAAUUGGUUAGCAAUUGACUGGGAAUCUAAACAAUGGUAUCAUAACGAUGAUAAGUCUGCAGGGGAAGUAUUAAAAACGAGGUUGGGAUCAGCGAUAAAGAAAGCACAACCAACAGGUCGACGGCGUGCAGGCAGCAGCCUACAAGAUUUCACCUCACAGAAAUUGACCUCGGAAAUGAUGGCGGAAAUAUCUGAUGUCCAACAGGUUCAAAACGGGCGGGAUCUAACGUGGCGUUCCUGUCCCUUUGGGAUAUGGGUGGACAUCUACCUUUUCAGGCCACACACAACGUUUUUAUUUCUGCACAUGGCAUAUACCUACUAGUUUUCAGGUUGACAGAUUUUCUCAACGACAAGCAAGAAGCUGAUAGAUUGAAGAAAUGGAUCCGGAUGAUUGGAACAUUUUCAGCAGUAGAAUACAAUGCGCCGAAGCUAAAGGAACACCAUCCUCCACUUAUAUUUGUGGGAACCUUCCUUGACGAAUUAAAGGAAAAUUUUCCGGACUACGACAGACAGAUACAUGCAAUAUCGUCAAGCAUUUCGAAAUUCCCCGAGCUUUCACCUCACAAAUUUGUCAAAUUUUGUACCAUUGAUAACACCCUAGGAACUAAACCAGACGACCAAAACCUGGAGAAACUGCGGGGAUUUAUCACAGAUUUAGCCGAGCACCAGGAUCAAUGGGGCAGAGAGCUUCCUGCCAAAUGGCUUCAACUCGAGAUGGAUUUGCUUAAAAGAAGAAAAGAGGGAUCUAAGAUCAUGACAUUGAAAGAGGUGGAAGAAAUGAACGGGAAGUCUAUUGUCCCAUUACAUGACGUGAAUGAGAUCAAAAUUGCCCUGGAGUACCUACACUGCACGAGGUCAGUGAUCUAUUUUCGGGAGAUUGACUCCAUCAUCAUUGACCCCCAGUUCCUUGUGGACUUUUUCAGCAUUCUGAUUACUGAUAACGAGUUCCUACCAAAGGAUGACAUCAAGCUGCUCGGAGAUUUAGAACUGUACAGUGAGGAGGGCGCGGUGACACCGGCAUUGCUUGAUAUUCUGCUCAGUCAAGAGAAAACUAAAGCCUUUCUUCCUCAUAAGUCUAACCUUCUGGCUUUGAUGGAAAAAUUUGGACUGAUAGUAAGGAUGCCGCUUCUGGAAGGUACUACAGAAAAUGUACGUUUCAGUGAGACGUAUACUAUCCCCACCAAACUUGCAGAGAUGCCAAACAUCAGUAGUAUUACUGACUGCGUGAAGGAUCUUGCUGUAUCAACAACGCUGUGCUUCUUAUUCAAGGAUGUCUUUGUACCAGAAGAGCUGUUUUGUAGAGUCUUUGCAACGAUCAUGAGGACUUUUAAAACAUCGUCACUGUUAAAACAGCCCUUAGAAGAAGGGAAUGAAAGAAAUGAUGGGCAAACAAAAGAGAAGACUUGCCUUUUCAGGGGAUUCGGCUGUUUCGAAUUCAACGAUUUCUACAGCAUGAUAUUGUCAAUGCACUGGGUGCGGUCAACGAUUGCAGUGACAUUGUUCAGUCCUACAAAACAGGAACUUCCGCAAGGCUCUGGACGCCAUGUUAGAGAACGUCUGGAACAGAUUUUACAGGAGACGCUACAGAUGAGUUGCCAGCAACAUUUCCAGUACACGUACAAACUGCAUUGUAACUUUCACCUGAAUCCAUACGACACCCCCUUAGAUCUGGUUAGUGUCAGCUACGCAAAGGAAGGUUUGCCUUGUAAAGGAGAGGAAUGUCGGGGAAAACAUAGACUGACAAAAUCCGACCUACUAUUCUGGGGAAUAAAAGAGGCUAGUACAACAACGCAACGACACACAUUCGAUGCGGGUGAUGCACGCCUUGAUCGAAGGCCAACGCCCAGGGAACUUGGUCGACUGACAUAUGUGGUCGAGGCGAAUAAAUGUCCCGCACUUUUCACAAAUCUUGGUCUUUCAACGCCAGAUAUCUCAAACAUAGAGCAUGAAGCAAGGAACCUAGGAGUGGAAACUCAGAUAACAAGGAUGUUCUUGGUGUGGACAUGUUCCUACCCCAACCACACGUUUCGUCACAUCGAAAACGCCAUGAAGGAAGCUGAUAUGGAUUGGGACUGUCUUGACAUGGUUCUAGAGACAGGCUGGGAAAGUGUUACCUUAGAUGACAUGGAAGCUAAUGAAGAGCUCAAUCGACCACUAGCGGUCAGUGAAACAACAGGUAUUUUAAGCAAUAUUGGCAAGAAGUACUUCAACUUGUUUCUAGAGCUUGGACUUCCCGCCACCGCUAUAGAACGGUGUGAAAUAGAUCACCCUACUGCUGAAGGAAGGUUCAAGGCUCUCAUCCAGCUUUGGAUCAAGACUUUCCAGGAUCGGGCGACCAUUAUCAGGGUUCUGAAGGCAAUGAAAGUGUGUAAAAUGCACUGGCAUGAUACUGCGUUGAUAUAUUGUGGUGCUGACCAUGCAGCGAAAACAGGAAAAGGCGCCGUAUCGGAUUGCAACACAGCUGGGCGGGUUUAGACUAUUUUAUUAUAUUAUCAUAUUAUUAGUAUGACGGCAGUCGUGUACACCAAUGUGAUUUAUUCAUAAGUCUGACGUCGAUCGUGUACACAAUGACAUGUAAAUAUACGUCUGACGUCGUUCGUGUACAUAAUGUGAUGUAUUUAUAGGCCUGACGUUGAUCAAGUACACACUGAGAUAUAGAUAUAGGUCUGACGUCAAUCAUGUACACACAAGAUGUAUCUAUUGGUCUGACGUCAAUCAUGUACACGCUGAGAUGUAUAUAUAGGCAUGACGUUGAUCAAGUACACACUGAGAUGUAUAUAUAGGUAUGACGUCAAUCAUGUACACAAUGACAUGUAUAUAUAGGUCUGACGUCAAUCAUGUACACACUGAGAUGUAUUUAUAGGUCUAACGUCAAUCAUGUACACACUGAGAUGUAUAUAUAGGUAUGACGUCAAUCAUGUACACAAUGACAUGUAUAUAUAGGUAUGACGUCAAUCAUGUACACAAUGACAUGUAUAUAUAGGUAUGACGCCAAUCAUGUACACACUGAGAUUUAUAUAUUGGUCUGACGUCAAUCAUGUACCCACUGAGAUGUAUUUAUAGGUCUAACGUCAAUCAUGUACCCACUGAGAUGUAUUUAUUGGUCUGACGUCAAUCAUGUACACACUGAGAUGUAUUUAUUGGUCUGACGUCAAUCAUGUAAACACUGAGAUGUAUUUAUAGGUCUGACGUCAAUCAUGUACACACUGAGAUGUAUUUAUAGGUCUGACGUCAGUCAUGUACACAAUGACAUGUAUAUAUAGGUCUGACGUCAACCAUGUACACACUGAGAUGUAUAUAUAGGUCUGACGUCAAUCAUGUACACAAUGACAUGUAUAUAUAGGUCAGACGUCAAUCAUGUACACAAUGAUAUGUAUAUAUAGGUCUGACGUCACUCAUGUACACACUGAGAUGUAUUUAUUGGUCUGACGUCAAUCAUGUACACACUGAGAUGUAUUUAUAGGUAUGACGUCAAUCCUGUACACACUGAGAUGUUUUUAUUGGUCUGACGUCAAUCAUGUACACACUGAGAUGUAUUUAUUGGUAUGACGUCAAUCAUGUACACACUGAGAUGUAUUUAUAGGUAUGACGUCAAUCAUGUACACACUGAGAUGUUUUUAUUGGUCUGACGUCAAUCAUGUACACACUGAGAUGUAUUUAUAGGUAUGACGUCAAUCAUGUACACGAUGACAUGUAUCUUUAGGUCUAUCGUCAAUCAUGCACACACUGAGAUGUAUUUAUAGGUAUGACGUCAAUCAUGUACACACUGAGAUUUAUAUAUAGGUCUGACGUCAAUCAUGUACACAAUGACAUGUAUAUAUAGGUCUGACAUCAAUCAUGUACACACUGAAUUUAUUGGUCUGACGUCAAUCAUGUACACGAUGACAUGUAUCUUUAGGUCUAUCGUCAAUCAUGUGCACAUUGAGAUGUAUUUAUGGGACUAACACCAAAUACUAACUGUAUGCAUCACCCAUUUGGAGGAGUGUACAAGUUCUGUUUCACAUCAUGGUUGUUGUGAAUCAACAUCUCAUUUUAUAAAUGUUGACACUUAAUGAAUGUUUACUGAUUAACCUAUAUACGAGAGCUGAUGGACGUUGUGAGCCUCGUAUUGAAGGAGGUACCCAAGGAUGUUCCUUUUUAAGCCCUACUAUUGUCUGACUAUAUAGGGCCGAUUACCCAAGGACUGGUCUCUUUUGAUUAGUUUUUAUAGACGAGGAAGCAUUCUAUAAUAAACAAAGCAAACGGCUUUUGCAAAAUCGACACACUCGGUUAAGAAUAGGGUGAAAGUCAUUACCAUCGCUGACAUUCACGAUUGUGGCUUUACAUUGUUUUAACAUCUGCCUUAAUCACCUGAUCUUGCUCUAUCAGACUUUCAUCUUUUUCCAAACUUUAAAACAGCUAUUUCAGGCACCCUUAUCCUAACCUGCUGUGGAUGACUUUCCACACAGCCAAGAAGAGGAGUUAUAUCAAAGUGGAACUGAGGCCCUUAAACACCACUGGCCAAAGUGUACAGAUACUGAAGGGGAUUAUGUUGAAAAAUAAUACAAUAUAUCAGACAAAAUUCAAAUCCUUCAAUAUGAGGCUCACAACUUAUCAAUCAGCCCUCGUAAUUUCAAUUAUAUCAAUUUGUAAAAUAGUUUCUGGCGACUUGCAAAUAUAAUCAUUAUCCUAUAUACUAUGUUCAAGACUUAGGUUUCAGGUUAGAAUGUAUGUUUUUGACGAUAACAAAUAUUUUUGAUCUGAUUUUUAUUUUCCAUUAACAUUGAAAUAUGACU